AUGCCUUCCCACAUCCACGGCGACCCACAGUCCCAGCGCACUCGAUUCACUUCUCUCCCAUCCUGGAAUACUCCUGAUCCUGCCUCGCCUGUACCCUCGCCUUCCCCUUGCAUGCCUCAUCGUCCAACACGCCCACGCUUUCCCCAUGUAGAUAGCGAGUAUAUUCGCCGCACUGUGGGUAACGUGCGUCCAUCAGGGGGUCCUAUGGUCUACGAGGAUGGACACGAGCACCAGAAUAGUGAGAAUGGUUAUUUCGGUCUAGAGGGGGCAGUGGGACAGCCGGUUGGUAUGUCCUCAUGGGCAUGGCCGGGAUCGAGGGAAACGGAUACAAUGUCAGGGUCAGGUGCGAUGGCCAAAGGGAAAAAGGUCACGUGGACAACCGACGAGAGGGUGAAGGCGAAGGCGAAGGCGAGGCCAUCAGCCUCGCAACAGCACAAUUUUCUCCCUGAGAACGAAGAGGCUCGUCCUGAUAAAUAUGGCGGCCCAUGGUACGAGUCAGCUAUCGACCUCGAUGAUCCUUUCUAUGCGGAAAAUGAAACGGACAUGAAUUUCAAGAGCAGGGAGCAGCAUCCUGGAAAGUGA